AUUUAUACUAAACCAAUAACAUUUAUUUCGGGACCGAGGAAGUAUAAACUAGCGAGCCAAAGCUUAUCACGAUGCAGAACUACUACUACUGCUCUGUUUGCACGGAUGAGGGCACGGGGAAAUUUUACCGCGUUAAAUCUGAGUUUCCUACUAUAUAUAUUGCUUAAACAAAGGACGUGCUUAGCACCCAAUAGGAGAGGUUUGAGUGUACCUGCAGGGCUUCCUUGGCAUUCUAUUAGCUCUGCCAAAGUCUUAAGCUCUGCCACCGUCUGGAGCGGAUUGAGCAGCCACGGUGGUGUUUGACUUCGACCCUCUCUCAUCUCUCCUCUUCCUCUCUUUCUGAAGUCAGAAGUAGGCUUGAGACGGUGGCCGUGAGCUUGGGUCGGCACUCAUGUGCGAGGAGGGCCUUUGAUGAUGGUGGAGAGGGAGAGGGAGAGGGAUGAGGGAGAAGCAAUGGCCGUGAGCGUGCCACGGCAGGAAGAGGAAGGAGAAGGCGAAGCAGAAGCCGCAGCGGCACCUGCAGCGACAGGAGAGAAGGGAGAGGGGGAUGACGGAGUAAGAGACGACGACGACGACGGCGAGGAGCGGCGGAAGGAGGAGAGCGAGGAGGAAGAAGAUGCGGAGGAGGAGGAGAAGAAAGGUAAGGAGGAGCUGGAAGAGUGGUCCGAGCUAAGGCUGGCGAUCGCCGAGCUGUCCCCGAUCAGCCGGCGCGGCGGCAAGCUCAAGCUGUGCUCCUCGCCUCCCACGCUGCCCUUGCUCGGCCUCUCCCACCUCCUCCUCCGGCUCCUCGAUAAGAUUGGCCCGACAAUGGCUGUGCUGCGGCUCGACGUCCAACGGAACAUCGAGAGGCUGCAGGAGCUAUACUUGCAGGAUCCAUCUAAAUACUCCACCCUGACGGCGAUGGUCGAGAAAGAGGCCGACGACGGCACCGUAAGGAAGGGCGAUAGCUGUGCAAGAGCUAUUCUAUGGCUCACUAGAUCCAUGGAUUUUACUGUUGCACUGUUACAGAGACUGGAGGAGGAGGAGGGUUCUGAUGAGCAGAGCCUUGCACAGCUUGUAGAAGCUGCGUACAUGGUCUCUCUCAAGCCAUGGCAUGGCUGGAUUUCUUCCGCGGCAUGCAAGAUCGCACUGAAGCUCAUUCCUGAGAGGACCAUCUUCAUGGGCUGGCUCAUGGGGGAAAACCAGAAUUCCAGCCUCCUCAAGGUCGAGAUCGAGAAGCUCGUCCAGUUGCUUCAGCCCUUUCUCGACGACAUCCAUGCCAUGCUGGCCAAGUUCAGACUCGACAGGCUGAAGUCGACCUGAGGGCGAAGGCUAAGAUGGUCUUGGUUGGUUUCCAAGUUCCACUUCUGUGAAUACCGCCAUGGUUUGUAUGUGUACAUGUUUCUCUUUUUUGAGCUGCCCGUGGGCGUGUGCCUCACUCUGUAAAUAGGUCUUCAUGUAGGGUAGGACUAGAUUUGUAGCGCUCCUUGCGGGUAUGAGUUCUGCCUAGUCAAUGUAUUUGACUAUCUUUUUAGCUCCAGUAAAUUGCACUUUUCACGGUGCAAAUUUUACAGCUCGAACAGGACGAGGGUACAAUAAUAAGAUAUGAUAGUCUAAAA